AUGAAACUGUUUUAUUGUGGAUUUAAUGGAUUUGGGCAAAUCAAAUCAACAAAUUUAAAUGAUAAUGAAAAAUCAGUAAAAGUUGAUUGUUGCUGGCCCACUCUAAUUUUCGAAACGGAAACCGAUUCUUUUGAAAUGUUCCUUGGUUGGUCUCGAUUAAUUAUCACGACAAAUGGUGAUUGUAUUGUGAGUGGAUAUUGGAAUGGAAUUUCGGGUUUCAUAGGUUCCAUCAGCAAAGGAAGCUGUUUAAAACAAGUUACAUGUACUGAACAGUUUGCUGUGGGUAUCGAUAGAAAAGGAAUGCUAAAGAAACAAGCAAUAGAUAUUAAAUCAUGUGAUUGGGAAGAUGUGCACAUAGAGUCUGCUGAUGAGGAUCAAUCAAAGCCUGUUAAAUUUGUAAAAGUUUUAGGCAGUGAACAUUCUGUUAUAGCUCUUGAUGAAAUCGGCAACCUUCAUCUUCCACCUUCACGAAUGGAAAACAUGCAGUCAGUAUUUGUUGCUAUUGCUAGUGGAAAAGAACAUUUUAUUGCCUUAAAUAGUGAAGGAAAAGUUUACAGUUGGGGUUCAGGAAGUCGAGGCCAGCUAGGUCACGGUAGCAUCGAGUCAAAUGAAUAUCCUCAAGAAAUUGAGGUGCUGGGCGGAAUCAAAAUUGUUCAAAUUGCUGCUGGAGGAUGGCAUAGCUGCGCGUUAAGCGAAUCAGGAGACGUUUACGUUUGGGGGUGGAAUGAAUCCGGUCAGUUGGGUUUACCCUGUCGUAAUCUGAGUGGUUCUGCUAGCAAAAGGUAA